AGGUGUCACAUCUCAACCUGGAAGCCUGCUAAGAACAUCAAAGGUACCAACAAUCUGCCUGUAAACUAUACCCGAGAGUAAACCUACACAAGAACUUCAUUUCAAGGAACUGCCCAUCCUUUUUUCACCCAUCACUUGAAUUGAAGACAAGAAGAUCUACAGGCAUGGACAAUAGACUGGUUCUCGUUGUCCUGGUUGUGACACUGUCCUGGAUGUCAGUCAACGCACAAAACAACAUGACAACAGCAAACAUGAUCACUACAGAAAACAACAUGACUACAGGAAACACUAUGACUACAGGAAACAACAUGACAACAGGAAACACUAUGACUGCAGGAAACAACAUGACUACAGGAAACAUGACAGGAGGCCCAGGAAACAUGACAGGAGGCCCAGGACACGUGACAGGAGGCCCAGGAAACAUGACAGGAGGCCCAGGAAACAUGACAGGUGGACCAGAAAACAUGACAGGAGGCCCAGGACAUGUGACAGGAGGCCCAGGAAACAUGACAGGAGGCCCAGGAAACAUGACAGGAGGCCCAGGAAACAUGACAGGAGGCCCAGGACAUGUGACAGGAGGCCCAGGAAACAUGACAGGAGGCCCAGGAAACAUGACAGGAGGCCCAGGACAUGUGACAGGAGGCCCAGGAAACAUGACAGGAGGCCCAGGAAACAUGACAGGAGGCCCAGAAAAUGUGACAGGGGGCCCAGGAAACAUGACAGGAAGCCCAGGAAACACCACGACAGGAAACACCAUGACAGGAAACACAGGAAACACCAUGACAGGAAACACCACAACAGCAAGCCCAGGAAACACAGCAAAUAUGACAACAGAAGCCCCUGCACUGAUUCCUAACACCACAGUGGAAACUCUUGAGACACCUGUUUCCAGGGGAGGAUGUGGGACCGAACGGCUCUGUGCAGCUCAGCCCUCUGAGUGCAACCCCUCCAAUGCAGGAUCAUGCUUUUUUCUUUCCGCCAGGCGGAGGAGCGGUCAAAACUUUGACUUUGGGCUCUCAGGAGAGUCAGAGGGCUACCUUGCUGCCACCCUGUCAACUGACACCAACUUCGGAGAUAACGACACAACCUACGUCUGUGCAAACAACAACGGUGCUGUUAAAUUCUUUAGCACUGUCCUCAACAAUGGCCGGCUGAUUCAGAGAGAGCUGAAUGUGAACUCUGUGAGGGGCAGGAUCGAUGGAAACAAAAUCCAGUGUACAUUUGCUGCCACAUUACCAACCCCAACAACAAGAGCAUCGGGUUUUGCACUCUCAGUCUCCACUGGACCUUUCAACAGCACUUCUGGUGAGCUGGGAAGCCCCACCGCAGCACUAAGGACUGAAGUUGUAGACCCGGGAAAUCCUAACGCCACUGUUACCAAUGUGCUUUCCCCCAACACCACCGCUUCCCCCAACACUACCACACCAGCAGUAACAACCGCAGAGCCCACACUGACUCCUAACACCACAGUGGAAACUCUUGAGACACCUGUUUCUAGGGAAGGAUGUGGGACCCAGCGGCUCUGUGCAGCUCAGCCCUCUGAGUGCAACCCCUCCAAUGCAGGAUCAUGCUUCUUUCUUUCCGCCAGGCAGCGGAACAAUGGUCAAAACUUUGACUUUGGGCUCUCAGGACUUUCAGAGGGCUAUAUUGCUGCCACCCUGUCAACUGACACCAAUGUGGGAAAUAACGACACAACCUACGUCUGUGCAAACAACAACGGUGUUGUUAAAUUCUUUAGCACUGUCCUCAACAAUGGCCGGCUGAUUGAGAGAGUGCUGAACGUGAACUCUGUGAGGGGAAGGGUCAAUGGAACCAAAAUCCAGUGUACGUUUGCUGCCACAGUAGUCACCCCAUCAACUAGAGCUCCGACUGUCUCAAUCUCCAUCUCGAACGGAACUUUCAACAGCACUUCUGGUCAGCUGGGAGACGUCAACCUCCAAUUUAGGAGCGGUCUUGUAGACCUGGCAAACGCUAAUGCCACUGUCACCAAUGAACUGAACACCACCACCACCCCCGCCCCCACCACUCCCCCCAGCACCACUAGUCACGCCAUCACCUUCCAGCAAUCACUAACGCAGGCUCUGCUGAUCACUGUGGGUGUGCUGGGUCUGGCCAUGCUAUGAGAAAAAUGACCCCCCCCCCCCC